AUGUCUGACCAAAAGCCCAAAGUCCUCGUUGUGCUCUCCUCGGCGGUCGACUUGCCAAAUAAUGAGAAGAAGACUGGCUGGUAUCUGCCAGAGUUUGCCCACCCGUGGCAUGUUCUUCAUGAGAAGGUCGACUUGACGAUCGCGUCGACCAACGGCGGCAAGGUCCCCGUGGAUCCCAACUCGGUGGGCAUGUUUGCCGGCGAUCAGAUCGCCCAAGACUUUCUCGCCAACCAGUCUACUCUCUGGGAAAACACUGUCAAAUUGUCCUCUUUCCUGGGCCACGCCAAAGAUUUCGACGCCAUUUACUUCGUGGGCGGUCACGGUCCGAUGCUGGAUCUGGCCACCAACAAGGAUAGUCAGGCUCUCGUCGCUGAGUUCUAUGAGUCCGGUCGGAUCGUCAGCGCAGUCUGCCACGGUCCAGCUGCGUUGGUGAACGUCAAGCUCUCCGACGGCGGAUGGCUGAUCGACGGGGCCGAAGUCACCGGCUUUUCGAACGCCGAAGAGGAUAGUAUUGAUUAUUCCAAGUUCAUGCCAUUCAUGCUGGAAGACGAGCUGAACAAGAAGAGCGGUGGUCGCUUCGUCAAGGCGGAGCAGGACUGGGGCGAGAAGGUGGUCGUGGCCAAAGACGGCCGACUGAUCACGGGUCAGAACCCGUUCAGUGCCACCAAAUUGGCGCACGAGCUUUAUGCCAGUAUCAUGACGCACCGGAAGUAA